ACGAGGGCCACGGCGCGCUAUGGACUGUGCGCCAGCGCCGCCUCCGCCUGCACAGCAUGGCCACGUCUGGUGCGGGUUCGCAGGUGUCUGUCGCUGCUAGCGCCGUAUCUGCGGCCGCAGCCCAAGUCGAGGACCACAAGGCACACGCGAUGGUUGUGGAGUUCAAUGCCCAGGUGGCUCUGUUCCGCGACCUGCUGAUCCACGUCGGACAGCCCAAGGACUGCCCAGACCUGAGAGAGCGCAUCCGCAAGCAGCGCAGGACCUGCGUGGAGACGUGCCGCCACACGAGUCAGCUGCUGCUUCCCGCAGUCCGCAGCGCUGUGGCGGAGGGCAUCCCGGCAGACAACCCGCACCUGGUCCUGCUGUUCUUCAUCUCGCAGCUGCUGCUGAGAGAGCUCGACAAGUGCCGACGGCUCGUGCAGGUGGUACCCAUGGAUAUGUCCAGUCUGUAUGAAAACCGACCAGGACCGUCCAAUCUUGGGAAUGUUAUAAGUCAGCUCCUCCUAUGUAAAACCAUCACACCUGACUUCAACCAGGAAGAGCUGUGCAGUAUAGCAAAGGACUCGCAGGAUGUUCUGAAGCUACUGCAGGACAUGCAAGAAUAUCUCCCUAAGUUGGAAGCAGGCACCGACGUACUGAGCACACUGGAAAAGACUGUCAACGUUCCUUUAAAAGAUACAACCAAAAAGGCUUGA